ACAGCUCUCCGGGUAUAACUGAAAUUGGAGAGGAUAUACGUAAAAACUUUGUGGGAAAGGACGAAAAGCCCUAACAUUCUUCCUUUGAUUCACUCAAUUUUUCUUCAAUACUAAUAUCAAAGGCCUGGUUUUUCUGCUGAAUCGGUUUGGGCUUUUGCGACUGGAAGUUUCCGAUACAGAUAUAUCUGAGUGAAAUGCAGGACUCAUCUACCAGGGCAUUUGCAAGCUCUUCUUCUUCCUCUGGGGAUGGGAACAAUGAUGCUGGUGAUUUUGAAUGCAACAUCUGUUUUGAAUUGGCCCAAGAUCCCAUUGUGACACUCUGUGGUCAUCUCUACUGCUGGCCAUGCCUUUAUAGAUGGUUACGUCUUCACUCCCAGUGCCAUGAAUGCCCUGUCUGCAAGGCACUUAUUCAAGAGGAGAAAUUAGUUCCACUUUAUGGCAGGGGAAGGACUUCUACUGAUCCCAGAUCAAAACCAAUCCCCGGCCUUGAAAUUCCUAGUAGGCCUGCUGGACGACGACCUGAAACUGCUCCUCAACCUGAGCCAAAUAAUUUUCCUAAUCUUGGAUUUGGUCACAUGGGAGGAUUUUUUCCAACAGCAACUGCAAGAUUUGGUAACUUUUCGAUGUCUGCUGGUUUUGGUGGAUUGCUCCCUUCAUUACUCAGCUUCCAGUUUCAUGGAUUUCCUGGUCCGACAGCGUAUCCUACCACAUCAAACCACCCUUUUGGAUACACCCCUGCAUAUCACGGUGCACAUGUUCGUAAUGCUCAUGACACAGCCCAAGUACAAGCGGAUAGCAAUCUCAAGUUUAUGUUCUUACUUGUUGGUUUUCUUGUGCUCAUUUAUUUGUUGGGCUAAUGAAUGGAUUCAGUCUAUGCCUGAUCCUAAUGUUGGCUGUCAGAUUUUGUGCAUGUGAUUUGUAGAUGCUGGCACUUUGUUAAUUUAAUGUAACCAGUUUAUAUUUCUGUGAA